AUGGUACCACUUACGUCCGACUGCGGGGAAGGAGAAGCCAGGGAUGCCCAUAACCUUCUUCCCUUGAUUAUGCAACACAUCCGACCAGGAUCAAUCAUUUACAGUGAUUGUUGGUCGGCGUAUGUGCGGAUAACAGAACACGGGACUUCGUCCAGUACAGCAGCACUUCACAAAAACCUUUCUUUGUGUAUUGUAUUCAGCCAAGUUGUCUUUAUGGUUGGUAUCGAUAAAUACGAUUAUAAAAUUGUAUGCCAAGUAUUCGCCAUUUUGCUUCAUUACUUUUUCCUGGCCACUUAUUGCUGGGUGAUGAACGAAGCGUUUAACUUGUAUAUUGUCAUCACUUACUCUGCUCACUCACACCGAGACACAAACGAAUCUGGAUCGUUAAUGCGAUAUUACAUCAUCGGCUGGAUUUUUCCAGCGGUUUUAGUCGGGGCAUUUGUCGGAUCGCACGGACAAACGUAUUACGCACCAGACAUGUGCUGGAUUGACUGGGGACACAUAUGGCUAUUUUUAGGACCAGCUGUUGGAAUUAUAGCGAUCACCAUUUUGGUGUUGAUUUUUACCGCCAAAGAACACAACGAAAAUUCGUACACACAAAGCGAAAAAACAAACAAAACAAUUCAUCUCUUUUUUUUGUCCACGUGUAAUUAUUACAAAUACAUAAACAAUGAACUUGAAAUCUUAUCAACAUACAAAUGUAUUCUUUCUUUCUUUCUAUCUAUCUAUCUAUCUAUCUAUCUAUCUAUCUAUCUCAGGCUAUUAAUAUCUAUCUAUCUAUCUAUCUAUCUAUCUAUCUAUCUAUCUAUCUAUCUAUCUCAGGCUAUUAAUAUCUAUCUAUCUAUCUAUCCCAGUCUGCUAUUUAUUUAUCGUUAG